AUGGCUCGUCGUUCGGCACCACCAGGUUCUGGUCCCGCAUACAUCCCCGCAUCCUUUGGUUCUUCUGCCACCUCCUCACGAGGUCGACUUAACGAAAAAGAAAACGAGGGUGCACUCGGCCGGUUCUACCGCGAGCAGAUUAUCGCGCCGCAAUACCUUGCAGGGAAUAUAUCAAUUUUGACGAGCGUGGUGAUGUUUGGUGCUGGUAUCAUUGCGGUGAGGCGAAAUGUGCUCUGGUUGGAGGGUCGAUGGAUGAAAGGACAAGAACAACGUAAAGGGCUGCGGAUAACCCGUAUCAAUGCCGAGAUAAUCAUGCUUUCUCCACUCCCCCCUCCGCAGCGCGCCCCAAGCUAUUAG